AUGCAAGUGCCACUAAUCCGCCUUCAAUGUGGCAAAAUUGGCAAGGACUCUGCCGCUGCGAAGUAUGCAGCAGCAACUCCCUCUGAUACCUUCUCAGUUCAGGAAGACAAGCCAUAUGCCGAGCUCUGGAUGGGCACCCAUCCCUCACUUCCCUCUAAGGAUCUCGAGACUGGUCGAUCACUUCUUGACCUCGUUGCGGACAAUCAAGCGCUACAGGGAGGCGACAUCUCCGCCAAGUACAAGAACAAGCUACCAUUCCUCUUCAAGGUCUUAUCCAUCAACAAGGCAUUGUCAAUUCAAGCCCAUCCCAACAAGAAGCUCGCCGAACAACUUCACGCUAAGGACCCCAAGAACUAUCCCGAUGACAACCACAAGCCUGAGAUGACACUGGCAAUCACACCUUUUGAAGGUCUUUGCGGAUUCCGACCUCUGAAUGAAAUUGCUCAUUUUCUGGCCACCAUCGCUCCUCUCCGUGAGUUGGUGGGUGAAAGCGAAGCCAAAGGCCUCGAAGAAGUUGCUCAGCAGUCUUCUCCACCCCUUUCGGACGCCAAGGCACGUCUCAAAGCCGCAUUCAGCCACUUGAUGAAGUCCGACCGUGCUCUAGUCGCAGAAAAAUCCAAAGCACUCGUGGAGCUCGCAGCAUCAGGAUCGAUCAGCCCGGGUCCCAGCGUCAAUACUCCCGAAGAGCUCUCGGAGCUUGUCCAGCGCUGCAACAGCCAAUUCCCUCAAGAUAUAGGCCUCUUUGUCUUGUUCUUCCUGAACUUUGUCAAGCUGCAGCCUGGCCAAGCAAUGUACCUGAAAGCGGACGACAUCCAUGCCUACAUCUCUGGCGACAUCAUCGAAUGCAUGGCUAGCAGUGACAACGUGAUUCGAUCUGGCUUCACACCCAAAUUCCAGGAUGUGAAUACUCUGACAGAUAUCUUGACAUAUGACCAUGACCCGCCCGAGCAACAGCUCCUACAACCAGUGGACUACCCUUACGUCACCUUGAACAGCACGGCGUACAGCUCCAACAGCGAAUCAUUACUCUACGACCCGCCCAUUGAAGAGUUCAGCGUUGUCCGGACAGUGUUGAAACGAAGUGGUGCGAAAGCCACGUUUGAGGGUAUUGCGGGUCCCAGCAUCAUCAUCGCGACGAGCGGAGAGGGAGCGAUCAGCGUAGGACCCAAGAAGGAGGACAUUAAGGAGGGAUACGUCUAUUUUGUCGGGGCUACUGCUGAGUUAAUCAUUGAAAGCACGUCGGGCGAGCUUGUCACCUUCCGUGCGUUCUGCGAGAUCGGCGAAACUAAACAGAACGGUGCGAAUUGA